AAAAUGCGCAUCCGCACCAUCCCCUACGCCGAAGUCGCCGCCGACGCCGCCGCCAUCCAAGCCUCACAAGACACCCCGCACCCCUCCACCCGCUCCCAACGCUUCUGCACCGCGCAGCACCUGCUCGCAGACAUCCUACCCAGCGUCCCCGAGUCCGCGACAUUCACGCACGAAACCCCGCCCUGGACGCCGUACGCAUACACGCUCUGGCAGCCGCUGAUCGCGCGCAGCCAGCGCCUGCGCGCCGCAGACAGCGCGGUCGCCCAGAUCCCGAGCUUCUUGUGCGACGACCUGCUGCGCUGCCACGCCGCGUGGGUGGCUAUGGACCGCGUGCGGCAGACGCUCGUCGACGAGGUGGUCGAGGCGUGGACGGCGACGCGGGCGGGGAGGGAGGUGGCGCGGCUGUUCGACGGCGAGCGCAAGUGGUUUGUUAGGCUGGAUCAGAUGUCGCCCAAGGACUCGCCGCUCGGGGGCAAGCUGCCCUGCACGACGCUCGAGGAGGUUGUCAUGCGGCUGGGGAGCAGUAUGCGCGUGUACGGGUGCUUGCUGCGGGAGCGCGAGGAUGCGCUGCGCGAAGGGCGCGAGAUGCGGAUUCCGAUUGUGUGUAAUCGCUGGGACGAGGGGAUGGAUGCCGCGCGCGAGUUUCGCGUCUUUGUGCCGCCGCCCGGGGCGCGGAUGUCGUAUGGCUUCAGCUUUGACGUUAUUGUGAAGGAGGGAGGGGUGGUGCAGGUUGUGGAGAUUAAUCCGUUUGGUGCGCUGAGCGGAUGCGGGGCGUGUUUGUUUAAUUGGGCGAGGGAUGGGAGGGUGUUGUAUGGGUUGGAUGGUGGGGAGGUGGAGUUUGCGGUUACGCUUGAGGAGGCGGAGGGGCGGGAGUGA